GAUGAAACAGGUGCCUAUUUAAUAGACAGAGACCCGACCUACUUUGGGCCAGUGCUGAACUAUCUCAGACAUGGGAAACUGGUUAUUAACAAGGACCUUGCUGAGGAAGGUGUACUGGAAGAGGCUGAAUUCUACAAUAUCACAUCACUAAUAAAACUGGUAAAAGACAAAAUAAGAGAAAGAGACAGCAAAAUCUCACAGGUGCCAGUCAAACAUGUGUACAGAGUGCUGCAGUGCCAGGAAGAGGAACUUACUCAAAUGGUUUCCACAAUGUCUGAUGGCUGGAAAUUUGAACAGCUGGUCAGUAUUGGUUCUUCCUAUAACUAUGGCAAUGAGGAUCAGGCUGAAUUUCUGUGUGUUGUCUCAAAGGAAUUGCAUAACACUCCCUAUGGCACAACCAGUGAACCCAGUGAAAAGGCAAAGAUUUUGCAAGAACGAGGUUCCAGGAUGUGAAGACAGUAUUGACCGGUGACAAUUUUUUCUCUUUUAUUCCAAGAUGCAGUGAAUUGUCACACUGAAGAGACUCAGUUGCAAAAGAAAAAAAUCUGACUGAAAAAAAUAGACAAUUUUCUGUGGAUCUGGGUUCAACCAUUUUUGCCUAUAAGCUGGUGUCAGCUGGCUUGAAAGCAUUGCAAGAUUACAUACUGGGCAUAGAUGGUCUGGGAGCGUGUGUUAAGUUUUGGUUGUAGUGCAUGGCUGUACUCUCUUUCGGGCUGACUGGCACUGGUCAUUUGAAAAGAAAUGACCAUGCACUCAUAUUUUCCUCUGAGACAUGUAGGACUUAAUGUCUGGUGCUGGAUGACCCAGUGUUGAUCGGUUCAGAGACGUUUUCCUACUAAUCAUUGUAACCAUUUAAAGGACAAUGUAAUUGGUGCUACACACACAUAUUACAGCUCACAAAUGCAAAUAUUUGGGCCUGCGUUGUUUCAGAAUCAGUGGCAGCCCCAGUUGACUGUGUUAUACUGCACA